CCUUGGGCCCUGGAGGUCGGGGUUCCGGGGGCGGCCGGAUGUGGGCUGCACUUGCGGUCGCCGCGCUCCAGCCUCGCCAAGCCGACUGUGGACCUGCCACCCGCCAGGAGCGCAGCCAUGUGGACUCCCAGCCGACGGCAGCUGUGCCUGACCUUCCUGCUAGUCUGUGUUCUUUCAGCCGUCUUCUUCCUCCACAUCCACCAAGACCUCUUUCAUGGUGGCCUAGACUUGACUGCCCUGUGUCCAGACCGCCGCCUCAUGACAUCCCCUGUGGCCAUCUUCUGCCUGUCAGGCACGCCGUUGAGCCCCAACACCUCCUUUCCCUGUUUCAAGCACCUGGCCUCUCUCUCUGGAACCUGGACGAUCUCCCCAGAUGGCCGCUUUGGCAACCAGAUGGGGCAGUAUGCCACUCUGCUCGCCCUGGCCCAGCUCAACCGUCGCCAGGCCUUCAUCCUGCCUGCCAUGCACGCCGCCCUCGCCCCUGUGUUCCGCAUCACCCUGCCCGUGCUGGCGCCUGAGGUGGACAGCCACAUGCCGUGGCGGGAGUUGCAGCUGCAUGACUGGAUGUCAGAGGACUAUGCCCACUUGAAGGAUCCCUUCCUGAAGCUCACGGGCUUCCCCUGCUCCUGGACCUUCUUCCACCAUCUCCGCGAACAGAUCCGCAGGGAGUUCACCCUGCACGAUCAUCUGCGGCAGGAGGCCCAGCAUCUACUGAGUCAGCUCCGCUUGGGCCACUCCGGGGACCGUCCCCGGACCUUUGUGGGUGUCCACGUGCGCCGUGGAGACUAUCUGCAAGUCAUGCCCCAUCGCUGGAAAGGUGUGGUGGGCGAUCGUGCUUACCUCCAGCAGGCUAUGGACUGGUUCCGGGCACGCCAUGAAGCCCCAAUCUUUGUGGUCACCAGCAAUGGCAUGGAGUGGUGCCGCGAGAACAUCGACACCUCGCUUGGGGAUGUGAUCUUUGCUGGCGAUGGGCAGGAGGGUUCACCUGGGAAGGACUUUGCGUUGCUCACCCAGUGCAACCACACCAUCAUGACCAUUGGGACCUUUGGCUUCUGGGCUGCCUACCUGGCUGGUGGAGACACUGUCUACCUGGCCAACUUCACCCUGCCGGACUCCAACUUCCUGAAGAUCUUUAAGCCUGAGGCCGCCUUCCUGCCUGAGUGGGUGGGCAUUAAUGCAAACUUGUCCGCAGUCCAGUCAUUGGUGGGGCCUUGAGCAAACAGCAGGGAGACUUUCUGGAAUAGCUGAUCAUGCUUGUGCCAGCAUUUAUGCAUCUCCAGAGGCCUGGGAGCUUUUGGAGAAGCUUGUGGUAGUCCUGCAGCAGGUGGGCAUCCACUUCUAGAGUAAUUCUAGCUGGCUAGACUCUGAGAGAAAGGACAGCUUUCUGUAGCUGCCUGGACAUUCUAGAACCAGCAGAAGAUCUUUUCCUGAUGGUUGGCAGUGUCCAGGGAGGCUCAUGUUAGUUCUAGAAGGCAAUGCCUACCUGUUCUUCCCAGCCCAUAUCUAGAGUACUUCUAGAUGGCUGUACCCUAAGAACAGGGAACUCUGCCUUCUAAUGUUGCCCCUGGUCUUUUCUAAAAGAGAGGUUCAGGCCUCAGGACUGAGGGAAUUUGUGGGUAUUCUAGAGCAAGCAUUCACCAACUCCCCGGCUAUGCUUCUGGAGUCAUUCUAGAGAGGGCCAAUUCUGGUGCCAGUGAAGAAUUCUGCAGGGCUCUUCCAGAGGGAAUGGGGUUCUGGAAUUCCAGGAGAAUCUCAGGAAGGUACAAUCAGAAGUGCAACACCUCAGCCACUGCCAGAAAGAUUGGUGGAAGAAAAACUAUCUGUAGCUGUGAGCAGAUCCAAAAUCUGUCCCACCUUUCAGCCCCUGAAAAAAAGGACAAAGACUUUUUUGAGCAGAUAGGCUGAAAACAUGCGAGGUGGGGAAAGGGGACGGCUGCUGAAAGCUCCUGGAGCAGAGUUUUCCAGAAAUAUAGGAACACUUUUUUUUUAAGAUCAAAAGCUGCCAAAGACAAGCACCGCACUAGGUCACCUCUCCCAGUUAUGAAAGUUGAAAGUUUCCUCCUCUACGUCUGUGGCUGGUCUGUGGCUGGGCUGCGGGGGCAGUAGGGUGAGGCUGGGUGGGAGCGGCGGGGUGGUGAUGCGAUCAAUUUUCUGGAAUUCAGCCAGCAUGACUGUUUCCUUGGGCUUUUCUGCAAGCCUCUAAGAUUGUGUCGCUCCCCCCACCCCCGCCCCCAUUUCACAGAACCACUAAAUCUGGCUUCGAAUUUGAAAGGAUCUGAAGGUAUGCAGAGUCCGGGCUGGCCUCAAACCCAGGCAGGAAAGAGCACAGGGUCUGGCAAAGGAUGAUGGGAUUCUGGACUCAGCUUCUAGGAACCCCUUGAGGCUUUUUGAAGGCAGUGGGGAUAGCUAGCUUUAUUAUAGACAACCAUGAUCACAUCCCCUAUCUAACCAGAAGAAUUCAAGCCCCUUUUUCAGUCAUCUCAAGGAGUUUGGAGGGAUCACUCCCUACUCAGCUGCCAAGGUUGAAAAGAGGGAGGUAUGAAUUAAAAGUCCACAUCGCCAA